AGCUGCCAAUACUAUUUGACAAGUCAUCCAUGGGUACCAGCAUAUCAGGGUGUCAUCACAUUUUUCGUUUUGGCCAAUUUCUCAUUAGCGACAUUCAUGGAUCCCGGUGUCAUACCAAAAGCUUCACCAGAUGAGGACCGGGAGGAGGAGUUUCGUGCACCACUUUAUAAAAAUGCCGAAAUCAAUGGCAUCACAGUAAAAAUGAAAUGGUGUGUGACUUGUAAAUUCUAUCGACCACCACGUUGUUCACACUGUUCCGUAUGCAAUCACUGCAUAGAAACAUUCGAUCAUCAUUGCCCUUGGGUGAAUAAUUGCAUUGGACGUCGCAAUUAUCGUUUUUUCUUCUUCUUCCUAGUUUCGCUGUCCAUGCACAUGCUGAGCAUAUUUUCGUUAUGCUUAUUUUAUAUACUGAAAGUUACACCACGUAUAAAGGAGCCAUCGCCCAUCGUAGCUAUGGUGCUGAUGGCCAUUGUUAUAAUCCUAGCGAUUCCAAUUUUUGGUUUAACCGGAUUUCACAUGGUGCUCGUAUCACGUGGCCGCACAACAAACGAACAGGUUACAGGCAAAUUUAAAGGCGGCUACAAUCCAUUCUCUCGUGGCUGCUGGCAUAAUUGCUGCUACACCCAAUGUGGACCACAAUAUCCGAG